AUGGCGAGAAUGAAGCUGGCGCUUGCCCUCCUGGGGCUGCUCAUGGCGUCUUGCCUGGCUUUCACGUCGGUCUUCGCCGACACAUUGACCGCUGCCAGCGAGGCAGAGACCAGGCCUUACCUGGGCAAAGUACCCGGCAACGUUCUCGCCCAAGGUGCCCACAGGGCUCUCCUGGAGGAGAAAGAAAACCGCCGCAACGACAAUCGCCGCGAGGAAGAGCCGCGCCGCGAAGAGAAGGAGCGCGAAGAGAGGAAGCGCGAGGAAGAGAGGCAGCGCGAAGAGCAGCAGCGCGGAGAGCGAAAGCGCGAGGAACAGCAGCGCGAGGAGCAGCAGCGCAACGAGAGGCAGCGCGAGGAGGAGAAGCGCAACGAGAGGCAGCGCGAGGAGCAGCAGCGCAACGAGAGGCAGCGCGAAGAGAAGCAGCGCGAAGAGAGAAAGCGUGAGGAAGAGAAGCGCCGUCCGGAGAAGCGCCGCGAGGAGGAGAGGCGCGAGAAGGAAGGCGAGGACAAGCGCGACGACAAGCGCGAGGACAAGGGCGACAACAAGCGCGACGGGAAGCGCGAGGGGGAGCGCGAGGACAAGCGCGAGGAGAACCGCGAGGAGAAGCGCGAGAACAAGCGCGAGAACAAGCGCGAGGAGAAGCGCGAUGACAAGCGCGAGAACAAGCGCGAGGAGAAGCGCUUCCCCGAAAAGAAGGAUCGCGAGGAGAAGAAGGAGGAGCGCGAGGAGAACAGGCGCGAGAAGGGAGGUAGAAAGCUGCUGUGGGAGGAGGAUCAGAAGAAGCGCGAGCGCGAGGACAAGCGCGACGACAAGCGCGAGGAGAAGCGCAACGAGAAGCGCGAGGAGAAGCGCGAGAACAAUCGCGAGGAGAAGGGCAACGAGAAGCGCGAGAACAAGCGCGAGGAGAAACGCGACGAGAAGCGCGAGGAGAAGCGCGAGAACAAUCGCGAGGAGAAGGGCAACGAGAAGCGCGAGAACAAGCGCGAGGAGAAGCGCGGGAACAAACGCGAGGAGAAGGGCAACGAGAAGCGCGAGGAGGAGCGCUUCGCCGAGGAGCAGCGCUUCGCCAAGGAGAAGGCGCGCGAGGAGGAGGAGCUCUGUAAGAAACUAUCCUCCUGCAAUUCAAUCGUCUUAAAGUGCAUUCGCUUGAUUCCAGUAAAGCCGGAGAUGGUUUCUGGAGGUUGA